AAGCCAGUGCAAAAAUAAACAAAAUGCAAACCAACAACCAACAGCAAUAAAAUAAAUCACAAGCCAAAUUUUAAAGGUUCAAACAAGUAAGAACAACACUGAUAUCACUAAAAGCAGCACAACAAAAAAAAAUCGAUAAAAAUAAAAAAUAAACCUACAAAAUAAUACAGAUAUUAUAAUAAUAAUAUAAACCAUAUAGUAAAUUCUAAAAAGCCAAAUAAAUUAAAAUGUAACGCAUUUAUUGUAAGUUAUGCAAAGAGACAUGAAUUCUAACUAAGUAUGAAAUCUGAAAAAAGUCUUUAAAAGCAACCAAACAAUGAGGUAAUAUAAGAAUAACAGUUCUACAAUUAUCAACAAAUUAACAACAGAACCACAACAAAGUAAUUAACAACUAAACAGAACAACUAUAUAUCAUAUAAUAAAUCAACAAGGUGUGUUUAUUACCUAAGUUUUACAAUAAAUUGACAGAAACUCAACAAUAAAAAAUCUACAACGAAAGCAAAAUAUAACUGCAAAUCAACAAUAAUCUCACACUUAAUCAAUAAUAAAUUAAGUUAAUUUAUUCAAAAACCACAAUAAAAAUUAAAAAGUAUUUAUAUAUAUAAAGUGUAAAAAAUAAGAAAUAUCAAUUUUACAACAAAUUCACCACAGAAAUAGUUAGCCAAGACAUAAACCUAAAAUCAACAACGCAACAUCAAAUCUAAGCAACAACAACAACAUCAAGAAAACAAAUCAUAGCAAUGAAAAGUAAAGAAAUAACUACAACAACAACAAAACCAAUAGUCAACAAUAACAACAAAACCAAUAGUCAACAAUAACAACAACAAAACCAAUAGUCAACAAUAACAACACCAACAAAAACCACUCAUGGAAUUGCAAAACUGCUUUACGCUCUCCAGGUGAGUUGAGAGAGUUAGAGAGAGAGAGAGUGCUAGAGAACCAGAGAGAGUGCAGCGGUUAUCGCACUGCAUUCGCAUUUCAGCUGCAGAAGCGAGCAGUUCGAAAUGCGCGCAAAAAGCUCGACGAUCGCUAAGACAAACACGAAUUAAAUGAAAAUGAAGUAACAAAAAAAUCGGCAACAAACCUUUGUUGUUUGGCAAUCUCGCAAGUUGGCAACAACAACCAGAAACCAGAAAAUUACAAACAAAUAUUUGUUGAAAAUCUCGCGAGUUGGACACAAACAAAGAUACGAAGAUAUUGCUUAACGAAAAUAAGAUAAUAAACCCCAGAAAAGAAAAAUAACUACCAAAUAUUUGUGCUGAAAAAUAGUUUGAAGUUAAAAACAAAUAAAUAAUAUAUAAGAAGGUAAAAGAAAAAUUAGAUAAUCCAAAUAAAUCUACAAAUUUGGUAAAACACAACAACUAAACCAUAGAACAACGUAAUCCCAAAAUCAUAAGAACAAUUUUUUUUAAAUAAAUAUAGUAAAAAUAAAUAGCUAAUAGAAAAAUCGAAAGUAUGUUCUUUAAAUAAAUAAAAAAAACCUGUUCAGAACCCAAAGAAGAAAAAGCGACAAGUUGGAGCAGCUGAUUUCCACCGCCUGCAUGCGUUUCUGGCCGUAACCCACCCAAGGUGACCAUGUGCAGCCGGAAAUGCUUCCGCAUGCCCACCCUGGUCAUCUGCGGCGUCGUGCUGACCAUCAUCCUGGUCUGCAUCACGGGCAUCACGCUGACGAACAGCAUUAACAUAUCGAAUAUCGUGAAGCUGCGCGAGAAGGUGGCCAGCGAUUCGGCGGCAGCAAAUGGGGGUCAUCAGGCGGCCCAAACGCGGGCGGCCCUCGUCGAGCAGCAGUACUCGACGCUGCAGCAGCAUCAUCUCUCCCGCAGCGAUCUCAACUACAUACAGGCGGCCACGCAUCCGAAGAAUCUGCAGCGCCAACUGCAGUUGCAGCAGCAACAGCUGCAGCAGCAGCAACAGCAGCAGCAGCAGCAGCAACCGAAUAAGAUUGUCAUCGAAAUCGGUUUGAACAAUGACAGUGGUCCAAGCAGUGUACCCGUGGCAAGCAGUCGAAGCAGUUCAAGCAGUGCAGGACCGCGAAUUCUUCAGGCGGCCGAGGCUUUAAUGGAGGGAAAUGUGGAUUCGAUUUCAUUGCCAGCAGCUGCGCCCCUAACAGCAACAGCAGCCACCAAAGCACCAGCUAACAAUAUAGAAAACAUACCAGAAAGCAGUACGCAAAUCACCCCCAGCAGCACCACAAAUACUACCAACCCAGAUAUUACAAUGGGCAUCGCAGAUCACAACCCUGGCGGCAUACAAUUCGAGCGACGCGCCCACGUCAAACAGAUGAUGGAGCAUGCGUGGCACAACUACAAGUUGUAUGCGUGGGGCAAGAACGAACUGCGUCCGCUGUCGCAGCGUCCCCAUUCGGCCAGUAUUUUUGGAGCCUACGAUCUGGGCGCCACGAUCGUCGACGGCCUGGACACCCUGUACAUCAUGGGAUUGGAGAAGGAGUAUCGCGAGGGUCGCGACUGGAUCGAGCGAAAGUUCUCGCUGGACAAUAUAAGUGCAGAGCUGAGUGUCUUCGAGACGAACAUUCGAUUUGUGGGCGGCAUGCUGACGCUGUACGCCUUCACGGGGGAUCCACUGUACAAGGAGAAGGCCCAGCACAUUGCCGACAAGCUGCUGCCCGCCUUUCAAACACCCACGGGGAUUCCCUACGCGCUGGUCAACACCAAGACCGGCGGUGCCAAGAACUACGGCUGGGCUUCGGGAGGCAGUUCCAUCCUCUCUGAGUUCGGCACCCUGCAUUUGGAGUUCGCCUACCUGAGCGACAUUACCGGGAACCCACUGUACCGGGAGCGAGUACAGACCAUUCGCCAGGUGCUCAAGGAGAUCGAGAAACCCAAGGGCCUGUACCCCAACUUCCUCAAUCCCAAGACAGGCAAAUGGGGACAGCUUCACAUGUCCUUGGGCGCCCUGGGCGACAGCUACUACGAGUACUUGCUGAAGGCCUGGCUGCAAUCCGGCCAAACGGACGAGGAGGCCCGCGAGAUGUACGACGAGGCGAUGCUGGCCAUUUUGGACAAGAUGGUUCGUACCAGUCCCGGCGGACUAACGUAUGUCUCUGAUCUCAAAUUCGAUCGGCUGGAGCACAAGAUGGACCAUUUGGCCUGCUUCUCAGGUGGCCUUUUCGCCUUGGGAGCUGCCACGCGCCAAAAUGACUAUACGGACAAGUACAUGGAGGUGGGCAAGGGCAUUACUAACACCUGCCACGAGAGCUACAUUCGAGCACCCACUCAGCUGGGCCCUGAGGCCUUUCGAUUCAGCGAGGCCGUGGAGGCGCGAGCACUGAGAUCGCAGGAGAAGUACUAUAUCCUGCGGCCGGAGACCUUUGAGAGCUACUUUGUGCUGUGGCGCCUCACGCACGACCAGAAGUACCGCGACUGGGGCUGGGAGGCGGUCCUCGCCCUGGAGAAGCACUGCCGCACAGCGCACGGAUACUGUGGCCUGCGCAACGUCUACCAGCAGGAGCCGCAGAAGGACGACGUCCAGCAGAGUUUCUUCCUCGCCGAGACGCUCAAGUACCUGUACUUGCUGUUCUCGGACGACUCGGUGCUGCCGCUGGACGAGUGGGUGUUCAACACGGAGGCCCAUCCGCUGCCCAUCAAGGGGGCGAAUGCGUACUACAGGCAGGCCCCCGUAACGCUGCCGGCCUCGAAUGCCUCGUAAACGGGCUGGUUGCUGCCUCGCUGGCUUUUCGGGCUGUCCCUAGCAAUGCACCUUACUUAGCUCUCGAUAUUUGCAUACUUAUGUCGUGUACCACCAUCGUAACUGUUUUUUUUUUUUUGCCUUUGGCUUAAGUUUUUAGUUUAGUGAUGUUUACGUGAUGAUGACAAGUGCGUACGAAAUUUAUUGCAUGUUUACAACAGCCAGGCACACACAAACACGACAUGAGAAACUUUCAAUGUAACAUAUUUAUAAAGCCUGCACAUAUAUAGGAACUUAAACGCUAACGGAUAUAUCGUAGUUUAGUCCUUAACUGUUUGCACAAGUUUCUCCGAGUCUCUCUCUCUCUUUUAUUUACCCCAUGGGGUAUAUAAUAAUCCAAAUAGUUGACAGAGGUUGGCGCUGGGGAGACCUCAAUUUCCAUUUAAAAGCGAAAGCGAUUGAUGUAGACGUAGGCAAACACUCUUGAUAUUAAUUAUGAUAUACGAUAUAUGAUAUAUGUGUAAAUGUAAAACUCAGGUGUUCUUAUUAUGAUUUACCUUGCGUUCGAACAAGGCUCUUUCUCACUAACCAGCUACGUAACUAUCUCUACAAGCAUUCUAUGUCUCUGUGUGGAUUAAUGGAUAGAUGGCCACUUGGCGGGCAUUUCGAUAGAUCAUCUACUGAUCUACUCUGCUGAUUUCCAAUUCGAAUCUUUGACCACUUUGUUUUGUAUAUAAUUUCUAUUAGCUUUCCUUGCAAAAUGAAGGCAGAAGAAAAUCGAAUUGAUAUUUAUACAAUUAUAUAUUCUUACACAAUAUUGUUUACUCUGUAGCCUAAAUAUUUAAACGUAAAUCUAAUAUAGAGUCUAGCUUACUUUAUGUGACGAAACAAAUGUAACGCGAAUUACCUUAAAUCCAGAACAUCAAGCGAAACGAAAGCAAAUGAAAUAUAUAUAAAAGUAUACCUAAAUAAAUAUAUAUUUGUAUUUAAUUAAAUCAAAUAAAACGUAGGCAAUUGUUAAAGUAAAUUAAUUAUACGAUGGCACGAGCCGAGCGAAUGGUAAUUUAAUUUUUAACAACUGUAAAGGUUUUUUAUAAUAAUAAUACCAAUAAUAAUCAUAUUUAUAAUUCUAUUUAUAACUGUAAUCCAUAGACUAAGCCACAAGCAUCGCAUGAUAAAUGAAAUAUAGAAGUUAUUUAAUUGUUUUUUUUUUUUAACCUACGCAGCUUGUGCUGCGUAAAGUGAUUUAACAAAAGUAAAAAUAACAUAAACAUAAGCUAAGACCCUAAUGUAAAACCGAAGAAUUUUAAAGAAACAUUUUAAGGAAAUAAAAUAAUAUCAAAUUUAAUUAAAA